AUGAGGAGCCCGUUCAUACCAUGGAUGCUAUCCAUUCUCUUACUCACCCCCUUUGCUGCCACAGACGGCGUUCCGUCAAAUAAAAGCAUCAUCGUUGAUACGGCACCCAAUUUUGUGCGUCCAUAUGUUCUUCCUAAAUACAAGGGUGACGCGAUCAAACUCACCUCCUCCCAAACAAUCCGCUUCUCCAUCACUGCCAACUCGUCUGACGGUGCCUUUUCCUUGUUGCAACAUAACGGCAAAGCUUCAGGCUGGUUGUCAGCCCGGCCGCACACUCAUGGCUUGACGCAUGAGCAUCUCUACUGCACGCGUGGGCGUUGUCAGCUCUGGGGACAGAAGAAUGUCACUAUUUCCAGCCACGAGGCCCGCGUCGCGACACCAGGGGAUUACGGCAAUAUCCCUCCAGGGUCCAUCCACACCUUCCAGCUGGUGGAUCCCGACUCACAACUGACGCAUGUCUUCCAUCCUGGCGGUUUCGAAAAACUCUUCAAUGUCUUCAGUCAAGGGGACCACGAUACCGACGGGAUCAGCUCACCCUACGUUCCCAUUCCAGAUGACCCCUCGCCGUUCGGACCAAUGACACCCCAAGAAUACAACCGCCUCGUCUCCUUGGACCUGUAUGCAGCACCAGAGGAGGAGUAUAUCCCACGGCGCGACUUUGUGAAUGGCACCGCUGGUGACGCCAAGCAGCCCUGGCAUGAUGGGCCCAACACCCCACCCAACGACCCAACAACUCCAUACUUUGUGGCCAAGGAUUACGGCCCAAAAUAUCUCAACACCGACAUUGGAUACAAGGUCAUCCAGCCACUUGCGGCCCCCGCGCAAACAGACGGGAACUUUACCAUGGGAACUAUUAUCAUGUCAAGUAAGUUGGCGAAUGAGUCGGUCUCGACGGCGACAUUACCGCACCAUUUUGCGCUCCAAAUGGAGGAGGGACAGCUUGCUUUGCAGGUACAGGGUUACGAGCGGGUACUUUUACUGCAUGGUGAUGUCGCGUUUGUCCCCGCCGGUGUGUCAUUUUCAUACUAUGCCACGGUGCCCUAUACCAAGUUUAUGUAUAUGAAUGCGGGUGAUAAGGGGUUGGACUACCAGUUACUGAGGAGGAGUGUGCCCUGGGCAUUUCCAGCAUAUCCAGUAUAUCCUGGGUUUAGGGCUAACAGUACUGGCAUGAAACCGACCCAACUGUGAUUACUGUUGUUGGCAACACACUGUACGUCGUCCUCGGAGCCGUCUAUGAGCUGCAAAUAUUCAUGGAAGGCCAUGAACGUGGACAGGGGCAUACCUACUAGGCGAUAUUCCUUCUGUAACUACAAUUAGAAGACUACAUAUCGAAACUCAUAGAAGAUCAGCAAAUACCUCGCAAGGCUCCAUGUAG